GCCGUGCAGUAUGUGGGCGUUGCAACCACAGAAAUAUUAGGCAGUAAAAACACUUGCUGAGUGCAGAGACUGCAAAGACACAAUACGAAAAUAGCGCCUCGCUAGCGAGAAAAAGCUAAGAACAAAUAUUGUCAUCAGUAGUGCGGUUCCUGUUUUGCCAUCAGCCAUGUUUCCUUAUCUAAGGAGUCAACGCGUCAAUUUGCAGCUGCUGCAGGAGACGGCUGCGCGGGAGCUAAUGCAGAACCUUGAUUCCAUCGAAGGCAGCAAGAUUAUUGUGCUGGACGAGUCAAUGGUUGGACAUUUGGAGCUUGUGACCAAGCCGGAAAUGUUCACCGAUCGUGGAAUUAAGCUGAUCGCUUUGAAACCUGAAUCACGCACUCCCAAGGACGUCCAGAACAUCAUCUAUAUUGUGCACACGCAGGUUAAGCUCAUGGAUCAGCUGGCCACGCACCUAAAGGACAACAAUCAGCAGGGUCGACAGUAUUAUAUCUUCUUUGUGCCGCGUCGCUCGUGCUUGUGCAUUAAGCAUCUGGAGAAUCUGGAUGUGAUCAAUGCAUUCACUCAUAUCUACGAGCUGACCUGGAACUUUUUUCCGCUGGACUCGGAUGUAGUCAGCAUGGAGAUGCCCAAUGCCUAUCGCGAUGUUAGCAUCGAUGGCGACACCACCGCUCUCUUUCAAGCGUCGAUUGGCCUGGUGCAGCUGCAGCGGCUAUACGGACGCAUACCCAAGAUCUACGGCAAGGGUGUCAUGGCUCAAUUCGUUUGGGAUCAUGCCAAGCAGCUGGCCAUUGACGAGAAGUCACUGUACAAUGGCGACAAGGGUGCCAUUGAUCAGCUCAUCCUGCUCGAUCGGGGCAUCGACCUACUCAGUCCGCUGGCCACCCAACUAACCUACGAGGGUCUCAUCGAUGAGUUUUAUGGCAUACACCACAAUAAGCUGACGCUGCCGGCCGAGCAUUUUCCGGCAUAUAUUAUUAGCGGCAGCUCCACGGCCGGAUCUGAGGAUCCGGAACGCUUGGUGGGCGAUAAAGAUCGGAAGACGAUUUUCCUUCAUUCCGGCAAACCGCUGUACGCGGAGCUGCGCAACAAGAACUUCAAUGAAGUGCGCAUUCUGCUCGCCCGCAAGGUCAAGGACAUCCAGGCACAGAUGAAUGUCAAUCGGCAAGAGCAAACGGUGCAGGAGAUCAAAAGUUUCGUCGAACGUCUGCCCCAACUGAUGGAGGAAAAGAAGGAAACAUCGGUGCAUACGGCCAUCGCCGGACUCAUUGACGAACGCAUCAAUGUCUAUUCGUUCAGCGAUGAUCUGGCCGCCGAGCAGGAGUUCAUGAUCUGUGCGGACAUCGACAAGUCGAGCGCUUACAUUGAGGAUCAGAUAGCACGCCGUGCCGAGCUGCGCAACGUGCUGCGACUCAUCUGCCUGCAGUGUGCCGCCGCCUCCGGCUUCAAGGAGCGCGUCCUCAACUCCUACAAGCGCGAGCUGGCCCAGGUCUACGGCCUGGAGGUGUUGCUCACCAUUAGCCACCUCGAGAAAGCUGGACUGCUGCGUACACAAACUGAGUCGCGGGCGUAUGCCGUAUUGCGCAAGACCCUACAUCUGACCGUCGAUGACAGCGUUGAGAUCAAUCCGAAGGACAUUAGCUAUGUGCAUAGUUUCUAUGCACCGUUGACGGCUCGCCUGGUCGAGCACUCGCUCAAGCCGCUCGGCUGGCAGACGCUCAAGAGCCAGAUCAACAACCUGCCCGGGCCGACCUUCGAGGACUUUCAGGUGCAAUUGAUUGGCAUCGGUGGCCGUCAUGCAGUCGGCGCCACGCCCAGCGAGAGCUCGCUAAUGCACGCCCGGCGCGUGGUGCUCGUCUUCUUUGUGGGCGGCUGCACAUUCGCCGAAAUCGCAGCACUGCGCUUCCUGGCCGCCCAGGAGGACAACAACGUGGAGUUCGUGAUCGCCACCACGAAGGUGAUCAAUAAGCAUUCAUUCCUCGACAGCCUGAUGAGCUCGUGAAAGAAGCGACUGAGUCGCUUGGAGGCGCAUCUUCUAUCCGUGGGCUGCGGCCUGACGCGCGGACGCAACACCUCCAAUCCAAUGAAGCCGGGCCAAGCAACAGAGCAGCGUCUAGCGUUCAGAUCGGAACAGCCGCUGCCCAAGCAUAAAGAUUAGAAACGUUUAACGAUUCCUCACACACAAAUACUAUAUAUUUAUAUCUCUAUUUAGUAUACCCCUAAGUAAAUUAUGAUUUGCAUACAUAUGGUACGAUCUACAUAUAUCCAAUAUUAUAGUAUAUUCAUGUAUAUUUUAUAUAUCUAUGUAUACUUUGUAGGUGCAAAAGCUUUCGAGAUCCUUUAUAAAUGUCUACCAAAUAUGUAUAUACAUAGAUAUAUGUAUGUAUCAAAUGUAUAUAAGAAACAAAUGAACAGAAA